GAGUCCUUCCUUGGCUUCUCAGGCACUGCCUGCCCAACACUGUGCAAAGAUCCUGGCCCCUGAGCACAUGGAUCUUGGAAUUGUUGCAGAGAAGGAGAAUGUGCAUCUGGAGGACAGGAACCAGGAAAUGCACCAACUUGGAGACCCACAGGAGGAGAUGGGGAAGCUGCCUGGAUCCAAGACAGACUUCCCAGUCAGGAUGGUCCUCAGUGAAGAGGAAAAGCUGAAGAUUUCCAAAGACCUCGUGGAGCUCCAGAUCGAGACAAACAAAAUGAAGGAGCAUUAUGAGAUUGAGAACUUUGAACUGAAAAACAAGAUCCAGGCCCUGGAGAGCCGGGUGCAGGAGCUGGAGCUGGGCAGUGCCAGGGUCACGGGGGAGCGAGAUUCCCUGCGGGAGCGGCUGCGGGCCCUGGAGAGCAGCCGGCAGGAGCUGGCACAGGAGUUCAUCAUCCUGAAGAGCAAUUACCUGGCCCUGGGCAGAGAGCUGGAGCAGGAGGUGAUGAGGAAUGAGGAGCUGACCCAGGAGCUGCUCAGCCUGGCCAAAGAGAGCAUCCACCCCCCUGGCCCGACCCAUCAAUCCUCCCCCGAGCUGGGAAGGGGGAGAGCAGGGGGACAUCCCCUCUCUGCUCGGAGGAGGAAGCAGCCCGAGGAUGCAGCUGCCUCUGAACACGAGCAGCAGGAGCUGGAAGGAAACUUGCUUGGAAACCAGGAUCACAUAAAACUGGAGAUGGAAAAACUGAAGAAAACCCACAAUGAGCAGCAGCAGAAGCUGGAGGAGCGAGUGCUGGCGCUGGGGCAGGAGCUGCAGGAGGCGAAGGGAGCGGUCGGGGCCGGCCAGCGCAGGCUGGUGGAGCAAUCAGCGGUGCUGCUCACAUGCCAGGGCCAGCUCCAGGAGGUGGAGGCAGAGAACUCCCGGCUGCAGCUGCGGCUGAAGGAGCUGAACGAGGAAUAUCGCUCCAGGCUGGGGCAGUACAUCAGGGAUGUGGCGAACUACAUGGACAGCAAACCCAGCAGUGUGACAGGACACAGCAAAGCCCCGGCUGGCCAAGCUGCCAUGAAGAACUUUGUGGACAGCAUGCUCAGGGAUAUCCGGGCUUCCUACAAGUGCCGGGAAGAGCAGCUGGCUCGAGCAGCUCGUGGCUACAAGAAACGCAUGAAGGACUUGGCCAGGAAGCACGAGAACCUGCUGAUUGCAUAUGGGCUGCAGCGAGAGCAGAUCCGGUCCCUGGGGAGCAGAGCUGUGGACUGUGGCCCUGCUGAGCUCCACUUCUGCAUCACAGAGCCAGAGCUGCUGACAAACAGCUCCCGGGAGCUGAACCGCCUGCGGGAGGAAAAGGCCAAGCUGGAGAUGCAGCUGCAGGAGCUGCACAAGAAAAGCCUGAAAGGAGCCUCUGCCUUUCCAGUGCCUCCAGAGAAGCAGCUGGAUGAGGAGGGCUGGGCAGAGGUGAGGAAGAAGCUCCAGGAAUUCGCACUCAACACCCAGGAGGACCUGGAGCAGGAGAGAAGCCAGCUGCUGACUCGGGCCGUGGUGGCAGAGGAGCAGGUGUCAGAGCUGCAGGGGUACAUAGAUCAGCACCUUGCCAGGUACAAGCAGGAGAUCCUCCAGCUGAGGAGUGCUGAGGUGCCCCGUGCCAGGAGUGCCAGCCACAAGCCAUAG